AUGCCGUCCGUAUUGCUUCUCGGGUCCGGCUUCGUCGCCAAACCUACUCUCGAUCUCCUCGAUAAGGACGGCAUCAAUGUCACCGUCGCUUGUCGUCGUAUCGAGACCGCUCAGCAAUUAAUUGCUGAUUGCAAGAACGCCUCUGCCAUCUCUCUCGAUGUUACUAACGAGGCUGCCAUUGAUGCUGAAGUGGCCAAGCACGAUCUUGUCAUCAGCUUGAUUCCAUACACAUAUCAUGCUACCGUCAUCAAGUCGGCCAUCAAGAGCAAGAAGCAUGUCGUUACAACUUCAUACGUCAGCCCCGCUAUGUUGGAGCUCGAUGCCGCUGCCAAAGAAGCCGGCAUUGUCGUUAUGAACGAAAUCGGCCUCGACCCCGGUAUCGACCAUCUCUACGCCGUCAAGACUAUCGAUGAAGUUCACAAGGAGGGCGGCAAAAUCACCAGCUUCCUCAGCUACUGUGGUGGUCUUCCAGCUCCAGAAGACUCUGACAAUCCGUUAGGAUACAAAUUCUCUUGGUCUAGCCGUGGUGUCCUCCUCGCUCUCCGAAAUUCCGCCAAAUACUACAAGGAUGGCAAGGUCGAGGAAAUUGACGGACCGGAACUAAUGAAGGCUGCUAAGCCAUACUUCAUCUACCCUGGAUACGCCUUUGUUGCCUACCCUAACAGAGACUCUACACCAUACAAGGAGCGAUACCAUAUUCCCGAAGCCCAGACUAUCGUUAGAGGUACCCUUCGAUACCAAGGUUUCCCAGAGUUCAUCAAGGUUCUCGUCGAUAUUGGGUUUUUGAAGGAGGAUCCUGUUGACUACUUGGCUACUAAUGCUACUGCAUUGUCAUGGAACCAGGUCCUAGCACAGAUUCUCGGAGUCCCCUCCACAUCUGAUGACGACCUUAUCGCCGCCAUCUCCUCAAAGACUGUCUUCACCUCUCCAGAAGACAAAACUCGUAUCCUUAACGGUUUCCGCUGGCUCGGACUCUUCUCAUCUGGCAUCGUCACAAACAAGGGUAACCCACUAGAUACCCUCUGCGCCACUCUCGAAAAGAAGAUGCAAUACGAGGAGGGCGAACGCGAUUUCGUUAUGCUUCAGCAUAAGUUCGAGAUCGAACAUGCCAAUGGAACUAAAGAAACAAGAACAUCGACUCUGGCGGAUUAUGGUGUCCCUGGCGGAUACUCUUCCAUGGCCAAAUUGGUCGGUGUGCCAUGUGGUGUUGCCGUUCAGAUGGUUCUCGAUGGCCGAAUUGCCACACCCGGCGUACAUGCUCCAUUGGACGUUGAUAUUGCUGAGAAGUUGAGAUUAGUGCUCGAGAAGGAGCACGGAAUUUACAUGAAGGAGAAGACUAUUGCCUAA